UUCAAAAUGAAACUUUAUUUACAAGCAAACUAUAACAUAUAUUCAAAUAAAAUAUCAGAAUAAUAUACUUCGUAAGUACAAAUAAGGACUCAUUAAAAACAAACCAAGAAAUAACGUCAAACAACCAGUAAAGUUACAGUAGGCCUACAUUCAUACAUUCAAAAUGACCAAACUAACUCAAAGAGGUGCCGACAGAACAAAGGGCAUUUUUCACGCACCAUCGCUUUGAGAAGGCAGUAUCGUUAUUUUGUAACUUAAAAAACUCAUAAACAAGAAAAUUCCUACUUUUCAAUUUGGAUUUCCAAACCAAUAGGGGAUCUGAAAGAUUCAAAGUACGAUACAGCCAAUAAAUGGUACUUUUGAAACUAAUUAACAAAAAGUUACAUAAACGCACGGCUUCCUUGCAGCGGCCCGAAGCAUGAGGAACCAGUGCCCAGUAUAAAUCGAAGUCGAUAUUAAUGUUCGGAAUGAGUCGGUGAAUCAGACGAUGUAAAUCGUUGAGGGAGUACUGGAUGGCCGGGCACUGUAUGAAUAGAUGGAUGAUGGUCCCAGUCUCAAAGCACCAUCUGAACUGUAUCGGAAUGUCCUUGUUAAAAUGGUGAAGAACUGGUAAAGAUGGCAAACAUUGUGGAGUAGCUUAUAUUGUGUGUCUCCGCCCUUUUUUAUCUUUGGUGGGGCAUAUAUUUCUGUCCAGUUUAUUUUCUUGCUACUUGAGAUAAUUCCAUUUUCAUGCCAGAAUGAAGGAAAUGAUGAAUAAUAACUGUUCAAUCAGCGUUUCAAUGCAUGAUAAAUAGAUUUUGUAGAUAGUUCAGAUGUAGCUGUUCCUCUGUUUUCUUUUCAUACACUGAAGGGAGUGAAGGCGGAUCAGAAUAAAGUAUAUUUAAGGACUAAAAAGGAGGUUAAAAGAAAUCCUAACCCUGAGAAUUAGACCAUCUACUCGUAGACCAAGAGGUCUACGAUCCAAUCAACAAGAUGUUUUCUUGCAAAACAUGCACAUGAGAAAUAUGAUGUGAUUACAGCUCUUCCACAUCAUGGCCCUGGGAAUCGGGGGUGCUGAAGCAUAUCUACAUGUAUAUGGCUCAGCGGAAACGUUUGCAAACCAAAAAAGGAGUGAAUAAUGACAUGAAUGAGUGAUCUGUAGAGCUUUACUGUGACUCAUUUGAUGACAAUCUGUUCGGCAUGUUCGGUGGAUUGGCAUGAUUUAAAGAAUGCCACUCAUAAUAUACAAUUGAAAUCUACAAGGAAUCGCUACGGGCAAGAUGAAACUCGUAACAUUCACCAAGUUCACGUUACUGACUAUAGCAUUCACCUCUUUGACCAAUGCUGCAAAUAUCCUUGUUACUGUCUUAGUUCCAGAAUACACCAGUCAUCCUAAAAGCAUGUCCGCUAUAACAGGAGCAUUGAGCAGUCGCGGCCACAACGUCACCAUCCUGACCUGCUCAUUUGUAGGAACAGAAGGCUUCCCGAUGGACACCUACAGCACCGCCCUCCACUACCGCUUCGAUGUUCCUUCAGGAUACGAGGGCACCCUGGACACCAUGAUAGAGGAUUUCUUUCAGAAGGGUCCGUUAAGUAAUAUGAUAGAUAUAGGGAAACUGUACUCUUGGAUAAGGUUAGCUUGCCAAAGUCUCCUUGAGGACUCCGCUGUUCUGUUUCGGCUGAAGGAAUCACAUUUUGAUAUCCUGAUCGGGGAUGUCGUUGACGGAUGUGAUGCGAUCCUCAGUAGUUACCUAGGUAUACCGCACAUAGCUGUGACGACGACAACGAGAUAUUUUCUUUUUCACGAACGCCUCUACGGGAUUCCAGCGCCUUCAUCGUACGUACAAUAUUCACUCCCCUUAUCAGAUCAGAUGACGUUUCUGGAGCGGGUUGCCAGCUUCAUGGACCAUAAACUUGUCUCGAGAUUUUUAGAGUGGGUUCACUUCGGAGCUUUAGACGAGAUAAAGGACGCGCAUGGUAUUGCUCCAGGACGAAGCACCCAAGAGCUCGUAGGAGAUGCAGAGUUGUGGAUGUGCAUGACGAGCUUUGCCUUUGAUUUCCCUCACCCAACAGCACCCAACUGGGUAGCUAUCGGAAAUACGGUCGGUGUCCCAGCAAGACCGUUAGACAAGGUAAACUACAUGAUGAUUAUAUCUAUAGCUUAUGGCUAUACCCAUACUUUCUUUCCUGUACACGUGUGGGUGGAGCAAAUGCAAGUGUGGAUGAAAGUUUUCCAAAUUGAUAUGACUAGAAUUCAAACCUAUAUCGAUUGUGAUCUAUCAAUAAUUUUACACUCCAGGCCCUACACAUUCCUAAUGCAGUAUCGGACUCGACAUUGAUAUUCUGAAAUCGAAAUGAUAAUAAUACAUUCUCGUGACUUAACAAUUUCAUUUUUAGAUUUGCGCGAAGCGCUGAGGGAGCCGAAUACAAAGUGACAGAGAAAGAUGAAAAUAUAGGAAGAAGAAGAAUGAAAAAGAAAAGAAGAAGAA